AUGGAAGAAGGUGAUUUUGAUCAGCGCUUACGAGAUCUUCAGAGAGAAUACCUUGAAUUUUUAGAUGAUGAAGAAGAUCAAAGUGUAUAUACUGAGAAAGUGAAACAAAUGGUAAGUGAGAAUUCAAAACGAUUAGUGGUAAACAUAAACGAUCUGAGACGUAAAAAUCCAGAGCGUGUGAAAAGUCUAUUAGAAAAUUCAUUUGAGGAGUUGAUAGCUUUCCAAAGAGCUCUGAAAGAAUACGUUUCAUCCAUCGAUCCCAGCUAUGCUAAGGCGCAAGAAGAAUUCUUCGUAGCCUUCUCAGGAAGUUUCGGGACUAAGCAUGUGACGCCUAGAAGUUUAACAUCAAGUUACUUAGGAAACCUAAUAUGUGUGGAAGGCAUAGUGACAAGAGUUUCCUUAGUGAGGCCCAAGGUGGUGAGAAGUGUUCACUACUGCCCGGCCACCAAGAAAGUAAUGGAAAGAAAGUACACGGACUUAACUUCGUUUGAGGCUUUCCCUACUUCAGCAAUUUACCCUACUAAGGAUGAUGAAGGAAAUCCUUUAGAAACAGAGUAUGGUUUAUCCCGAUACAAAGAUCACCAGACCCUCACAGUACAAGAGAUGCCUGAACGAGCUCCGGCAGGCCAGUUACCGAGGAGUGUGGACGUUGUAUGUGAUGAUGACCUGGUAGAUAAAUGUAAGCCAGGAGACAGAGUGCAAAUAGUCGGCAACUAUAGGUGCCUGCCGUCAAAACAGGGGAGUUUCACCGCUGGUACAUUUAGGACUGUUCUGAUAGCGAACAACAUAACUCAAAUCAACAAAGACAUGAAUCUCAACAUCACUAUAGAAGACAUCAAGCUGUGUAAACGACUGGCCAAAAAAUCAAACACCGAUAUGUUUGAAUUGCUCGGAAAGUCACUGGCGCCUUCAAUACAUGGACACGACUUUAUCAAGAAAGCUAUAUUGUGCCAGUUACUGGGAGGAAUGGAAAAGAUUCUACCUAAUGGCACGAGAUUGAGAGGUGACAUCAACAUUCUGUUAAUCGGCGAUCCAUCUGUGGCGAAGUCCCAGUUACUGCGUUAUGUAUUAAUGACGGCACCUCGGGCUAUCACUACUACGGGGCGAGGCUCCUCCGGCGUUGGUCUUACAGCAGCCGUUACUACCGACCCGGAAACUGGCGAUAGAAGACUGGAGGCCGGCGCCAUGGUUUUAGCUGAUCGUGGUGUAGUGUGUAUUGAUGAAUUCGACAAGAUGUCCGACAUAGACCGGACAGCUAUACACGAAGUGAUGGAACAGGGUCGCGUCACUAUCGCUAAGGCGGGUGUACACGCGGCUCUUAACGCACGCUGCGCAGUACUCGCCGCUGCCAACCCUGUGUACGGACGGUACGAUCAAUACAAGACGCCGAUGGAGAACAUCGGUCUUCAAGACUCCUUACUCUCUCGUUUCGACCUAUUAUUCGUGAUGCUGGACAUCGCGGAUGCAGACCACGAUAACAUGAUCUCCGAACACGUGCUUAGGAUGCAUAGAUAUAGAAACCCUAAGGAACAGGACGGUGAAGUUUUGCCAAUGGGAUCCUCAGUUGAAAUGCUCUCUACAGAAAACCCAGACAAUGAUGAAGUUGAGGAUACAAAAGACUCUAUCUAUGAGAAAUACGAUCCGCUACUUCACGGAAAUCUCCGUAACAAAAAGGAUCAGAUACUCAGUACCAAGUUUAUGAGGAAGUUCAUACACAUCGCUAAACUAAUGAAACCUAAAUUAACACAAGAGGCUUCUGAUGUGAUAGCUGAUGAAUACGCGCGGCUGAGGAACCAGGAUAUGAUGGAGAGUGAUGUGGCCAGGACCCAACCAGUGACAGCCCGUACUUUGGAAACUCUCAUUCGUUUGGCCACAGCUCAUGCAAAAUGCCGCUUGAGUUUCACAGUGAGCGAGGCGGACGCACUCGCCGCUAUAGACUUAGUACACUACGCAUACUUCAAGAAGGUGCUUACUAAAGAGAAGCGUCGUAAACGGCGCGCGUCGUCAGGCGACGAAGGUAACACUUCAGAGAAUGAACAAACUCAGCCGAGAGCCAAGAAAACUAAACGAACGGAAGGCGAGGCUCAAGAUCCAUAUGACUUCUCAUCAGAUGAAGAAGCUGAGCCAGUUCUCAGAGCUGCUCAUUCAGCACAACCUGAAUCUAGUACGAGGGUCACUCGCUCCCAGAAGACUAUUGAUAACACACGAUUAACCCAAUUCAAAUCAGCAUUACAGCAACUGUACCGCGAAGAGCGAGCCAAUUCCCUUCCAUUAGCUCGUAUAACCAGUUAUAUUAACGAGAAAUACUCCCACGAGACAUUUGACAGUGGAGAAAUACAUGCAGCCCUGGAAAGAAUGACGCAAGACAACCAGGUUAUGAUGGCUGAUGAUAUAGUGUUUCUUAUAUAA